AUGCAAAUUGUUUUCAAAGAUUUCAAGAAACAAACUGUGACACUUGAUGUGGAAUUGACUGAUUCAGUUUUAUCAACAAAAGAGAAAUUGGCUCAAGAAAAAGGUUGUGAUUCUUCUCAAAUCAAAUUAGUUUAUUCUGGUAAAGUUUUACAAGAUGAUAAAAAUUUAGAAUCAUAUAAACUUAAGGAAGGAGCAUCAAUAAUUUUUAUGAUUAAUAAAACGAAAAAGACUCCUACUCCAGUACCUGAAACUAAAUCAACCACAGAAUCCACAAGUCAAGAACAAGUUCAAGCUCAAGGUUCUACUAAUGAAUCAACAUCGUCGUCAACAUCAUCUACUACUACUACUACUGCAGCAGCAGCAGCAGCAGCAGCAGGGGCUGCUAGUACUGGCACCACAACAACUUCGGAACAACAACCAGAGCAAGCAGUAUCUAAUGAAUCUACAUUUGCUGUAGGAAGUGAAAGAGAAGCUAGUAUUCAAAACAUUAUGGAAAUGGGAUAUGAAAGACCACAAGUUGAAGCUGCGUUAAGAGCUGCAUUUAAUAAUCCUCAUCGUGCUGUUGAAUAUUUAUUGACUGGUAUUCCAGAAUCUUUACAACAUCCAACCCCACCAGUACCAGUACCAGCACCAGUACCAACAGCACCAACAGGACAACAAACUGAAAGAAAUACUUCAGAAACUGGUCAACAAGGUGCAAAUGAAGAACAUGGAGAUGGGGAUGAAGAAGGUGAAGAAUCUACUCAACAUGAAAACUUAUUUGAAGCUGCUGCUGCCGCUGCUGCUGCAACUAAUCAAGGUGAUUCAUCAAUUGGUGGUACUACUAGUGGAGUUGGUGCUGGAGCAGGAGCAGGAGCAGGAGGAGAAGGUGAUAUUGGUGGAUUAGGUGAUGAUCAACAAAUGCAACUUUUAAGAGCAGCAUUACAAUCUAAUCCAGAAUUAAUUCAACCAUUAUUAGAACAACUUGCUGCAUCAAAUCCUCAAAUUGCUAGUUUGAUUAGCCAAGAUCCAGAAGCAUUUGUAAGAAUGUUUCUUUCAGGAGCUCCUGGUUCUGGUAAUGAUUUAGGUUUUGAAUUUGAAGAUGAAGGUGCAGGUGGUGCUGGAGGUGCUACUACAGGUGGAGACGAAGAAGAAGAAGAAGGUACUAUUCGUAUUCAAUUGAGUGAACAAGAUAAUAAUGCCAUCAAUAGAUUAUGUGAACUUGGAUUUGAACGUGAUAUAGUCAUUCAAGUAUAUUUGGCUUGUGAUAAGAAUGAAGAAGUUGCUGCUGAUAUUUUGUUUAGAGAUAUGUAA